CAGGAAUCACAACAAGGUGCACUUUAAAAGCCAAGCAGAGGAUUCGAAUGAGGAAGGAAAUCAUUGGAGAUACACACACUGUGAUAUCGAUGCACAAAGGGUAUAUUGCUCAGUCCUAACUGGAGGUAAACAAUGUCAGCAAGGAAGCCUUCAGCGAACAAGAACAUUAAAAAGCUGCGUACUAUAAGCAUGGUGUGCAGCUUAACGCGGAGCUGGCAGCAAUGGGUGAGCGAAAAUGAAGAUAAACAGUCCAGCGAGCCCAGCGGAUGGGCACCAUGUUACGCAGGAGAUCCCAAAGAUGAUAAAAAAGAAGCAGCAAAGAUUAAACUCUCUCAAAAAGCCCUCCAAACCACUACAAGUGAGAAUAAGGAUAACGGGGAGCCCGCCGGAGAGUCGCGCAUCAAAACCACACCUGUUGUAAAAACUGUGACGAGGGACGUUCAGGAAAGGAGUGCAGGAAUUGACUUUUUGACUAAACGUAUCUGUAAGGACCCGGAGACGGAUGAACUGGACAAGAUGUUGAGUAAGAAAGGGUCUCCAACACGCCGCCGGAAAUGCUCUAAUAUGGUUUCGGAGCUGACGCGGGGCUGGAAGGAAAUGGAAAAGGAGAAAAAGCAGGAUCAUGGGGAUAAUGAGGAUACAGGAACCAAUCAGGAGGAGUCCGAGAAUAACAGGAGCAAUGAACAUACAGAGUCUGCAGUCGCAAUCAAGAGGUCCUCUGUUCCUGGGGGCAAAAAGGACAUCGAGGAUGCCAACAAAAUAAACAACUUGUCCAAGAAAUACAGCACUGUGGGCAACUUAAAAAGCCGCUGGCAAAACUGGGCCUCAGAGCACACCAUCAAUCAGAAGCUGAACCCCUUCAGUGAGGAUUUUGACUAUGAAUAUUCAAUGUCGACACGUCUGCACAAGGGCGAGGAGGGAUACGGGAGACCGAAAGAGGGCAGUAAAACUGCAGAAAGGGCCAAACGUGCAGAAAAACACAUCCACCGUGAGAUAGACGAUAUGUGUUUCGUCAUCAGGACCAUGGCGGACCCCGAUCCAGACGGAUACACCAGAGUGACAUUUGGAGAGCUGUUCGACAGAUACGUGCGGAUCUCCGAUAAAGUCGUGGGAAUAUUAAUGAGAGCCCGGAAGCAUGGAAAAGUGGCUUUUGAAGGGGAAAUGCUAUGGCAGGGUCAAGAUGAUGAUGUCAUUAUUACUCUGCUAAUAUAGUCUUCAUUCCUCAUUCUUCAUGCAUAGGAACAAAUGUUGCUAUUGGGUAAAUACAGAAGGACUUUUCAUUUUCAAUAACCUGUUGUUAUGCUGAGAAACGAACCCCUGCCAUAAAAUGCACCCCCUCGGAAAUGUGCAACUUAAAUUGAUACAUAGGGUGUCACGGUGGCACAGUGGGUAGCACUGUUACCUCACAGCAAGAAGGUCGCUGGUUCAAGCCCCGGCUGGGUCAGUUGGCAUUUCUGUGUAGAGUUUGCAUGUUCUCCCCAUGUUAGCGUGGGUUUCCUCCGGGUGCUCCGGUUUCCCUCACAAGUCCAAAGACAUGCACAAUAGGAGAAUUGGGUAAGCUAAAUUGUCUAUAGUGUAUGUGUGUGAAUGGGCAUGUAUGGGUGUUUCCCAGUGAUGGGUUGCAGCUGGAAGGGCAUCCUCUGCGUAAAACAUGCCGGAUAAUUUGGCGGUUCAUUCCGCUGUGGCAACCUGAGAUUAAUAAAGAGACUAAGCCGAAAUUGUACAGUACUGUACAGCUUGCAAGUUUACAGACAGAGUUUUCUGAGCUCUCUCAGCUCAUGUGUGUGUGUGUGUGUGUGUGCAGGUACAUGUGGUUUGCAGGGACACAAAGUUGUAUAAUGAAAUGGAUCAGACUUUGUUGUACUCUUUUAGGUCGGUGUGUCCUUGUAAUUCAAAACGCUUAAAAAUAUGCUUUAUUGGGGUCUUUUGAUAUUAAAUUUUUGGGUUGGGUUUUGGGGUUGGGCCAUGUAAUAAGUGUGUGUGUGUUGUUGUGUGUGCACACUUUGCAUGAGAUGGCAUGUUUAAUGCAUUGGUGUGAACACGUAGUAAGUACUUAAAUAAGAAACUGCUUAAAUGA